AUGUAUGAAGUUGUUGCCAAGUGUCUGUUUUGUUCCAAAUUAAUUAAAGGUACUUUAAAUGACUCAAUUGGGUAUGGUACAUUUAUUGAACAUAUUCGUUCUCAACACAAAAAUAUCAAGAUAUCCGACGGAGUUCCAACAAUAUUCAAAUCGAUUUCAAAUUAUAUAGACUCGACGGAAGGAACUAAUUGUCUGUGCAUAAAAUGUGGUUAUAAUGGUACACCAAAAAUAAAGUCAAGCAGAAAUAUUUCAGCGAAAAAUUUGGGUGAAUUUGGUACAUGUUUCCCGUUAUGUUUUAUGGUAUACAAAAAACAUCUGAAACGUCACCAUGUCAAAAUUAUAUGCACAUGUUGUAACACCGUCAUUAAAAAAAUUAAUGAAAAAUAA